UUAGUUAUUUUAUUCAUCUUCAAGGUCUUGUAAUUUCCAAGAGGUUUAUAUAUCGACGACUUAUCCCCGGUAUCCCAACUCGUGUGCGUGCUCUGAAGGAAGGAGAAGAGGAUAUCUAUCUACCGUGUGUUGGGCGGCAAUGGAUGUAAUUUCUGGGAGAAUGGGUUCGUUUUUGAAUCCGGACGCGGCGCCGUACGUGCCGGGGGCGUACCGGGCGGUGGAGGACUUCUCGGCGGAGUGGUGGGAGCUGGUGCACUCCUCCCCCUGGUUCCGCGACUACUGGCUCCGCGAGUGCUUCCACGAGCCCCAAAAUGACCCCGACUCGUUCGAUAUUCACGACCCUGCCCUCCCCGACGACAUCGACUCCCUCCUCUACCCUCCCCACCAGGAGGAGGAAGUGGAGAAGGAGAAAGAAGCGAAGCGUAAUAAGGAUAAGAUCAAGUGGGAGUUGAUUACUUGGGGAGCGGAGAAGUGGAAGGGCCGGCAUGGUUUGUGGGAAGAAGCUAAGUAUGCAGAGAAGGCGCCAAAGUUUGUGAACGUUAAGGUGUGUCCGAAGACGAUCCAUCAGCCCAGGUAAGAGCGUGGCCCUGCAAGAAAAAGGAAAGGAUGGGAGUUGUGGGCUAACGAGUGGGUUUCUUGUGUACAUUUGUUUUGGAUUUGGUUUGGACAAACUUCUGUAUGUUUUCUAAUUGCUUACUUGCAAAUAAAAGCUCAAGGAAAGGACUCGAUUCGUGUCCC